AUGUACGACGGGGCGAGGGUUCCCUCCCCUGGGGAUGCCGCUAACGGAGUCCCCCUGCAGCCUGCCAUGCGCCCCAACGCUGACGAUGAGCCUGAGGAAGAGGAGGGUGUGCAACAACCGGAGCCUGUGCUGGUGAAGAAGGCUCACCGCGAGAUCCUGGACCAUGAGAGAAAGAGACGAGUGGAGCUGAAAUGCAUGGAGCUGCAGGAGAUGAUGGAGGAGCAGGGAUACUCAGAAGAGGAGAUCCGGCAGAAGGUCGGGACCUUUCGGCAGAUGCUGAUGGAGAAAGAGGGAGUCAUAACCAGAGAAGGAUCUCACCCGAGACCACCGGUCACCAUGUUGCCCCAUGGUGAUGAAGAGGAUGCCGAGGGCCGCGCGUUUGCCGUUGGCUACGAGGAAGACUACGACUGGCAUGGAGAUUACUACGAUCGUGACUCUGUCGCCCACGAUGACUACAGAACCAAGAGGAAGUCCAGCAGUUCACCCUCUCCUGCACCAAAGAAAAGAAAGAAGAAGAAAGGCAGAAGGCACAGCCGAGUUGACAGCUCCUCCCCCACUCGGCGAGGAAAGAGGAAGAAGAGCGGCAAGAAGCACAAGAGAGACAGGUCUGCAUCUGGGUCUAGAAGAAAGAGGAGACACAGGUCGGGCACUCCGAAGAACAAACACAAAGACAAGAGCAAACUGAGAAAGAAGUCUCCAGUAGAGUGUGCCAGCAGGAGGCCUCAGCACAGAGGAAGCUGCUGCAGCUCUCGCAGUGCCUCUGUCUCCUCCAUCGCCAGCAUCUCCAAAUCCCCCAGCAGGUCGAAUCCGAAGCACAGGGCGGACGGACACAAGCCCGGUGGGAGGUCCAGUCACAGUCCAUCCCCCUCCCUCGGCCCAGACCACGCCACCUACCGGCAGAACGGCCACCACAGUAACCGGGUGCGGAAUGGCAAAGACUCCGGACCCAACCACCUCGAUGGAGAGAAAGCGAACGAUAAGCUACGGUCACUGGCUUCAUCCUCCCCAAGUGAAGCACAGAGGCAGACGUCCCCCAGCAUAAGGGAAGCAAAGAGCCACGGCGCCUCUUCUAGGAGCCCCGGAGGAUUGCCUGUCGGAGAGGCGGGAAAAGGGGAUGAGAGGCAACAGCGGGGGGCCAAGCACCCCUCCGAGUCAUCAGGCAGACGGGGUGGCCGGCAGCGGGCUCAGGAGAAGAGCGGCUCUCCAGCACAUAGCAGUGACUCUCAGCCUGACCUCCAACCCAAAGCUAAGAGCUCACAUCAGAAAAAAGCAAAAGGGUCUCAUUCAUCAAAGAAGCACCACCGCGGAAGGGGUCCCAACCGUCACCGCAGCACGUCAGCGUCACCAGGACGGCACCGACACACGUCUGGCCGCAAGAAGAGCAAAUCCCACGGGAGUCUACGGCAGCGAAGUAGCUCCUGGAGCAGUGGCCGCUCUUCUUCACGCUCCAACUCCAGAGAGCACGCUCCCAGCAAGACCAAAUCCCCCCACACACGACAGAACAACUCCAGGGAAAGGGACAGUCCUCACUACUCUGAUGCCGAGAGAGCUCGUCGGCGCUCCCGCAGUUACUCUCCCAUUCGGAAGAGGAGGAGAGACUCGCCCAGCUUUAUGGAGGCUCGCAGAAUCACCAGUGCGCGGAAGCGGCCGAUCCCGUACUACAGGCCCAGCCCGUCCUCCUCCAGCUCAGCCAGCAGCUACAGCAGCUCCAGCCGGAGCCGCAGCCGCUCCUACGACAGCUACAGCAGCUACAGCCGGAGUCGCAGCAGGAGCCGCAGCAGAAGCAGGAGUCGGAGCAAAAGCAGCAGAAGCCGGAGCAGGAGCCGGAGCAAAAGCAGCAGGAGCCGGAGCCGAAGUUUCUCUCGCAGCCCCAGCCAGGCCCACAGCUACUACAGUCACAGCAGCUACGAAAGCCCAGGCUUCUGAGGAGAGUGAGGAGCCAGCGGAUGGGUACAGGAGGAUGGAUAAAUAGAAGGAUGAAUGGAAGAAAAAGCAGAGAUGAACAAGUUAUCCAAACUAAGCCAGAAUAUUCCCUUACUCUGUGUUAAAAACUCCUAAUAGGUACCUUUUACCUAUUACAGGUAGUAUUACAGAAAUUACAUUUUGGCUGUAAUCAUCAAAUUAGCCAAGAUGGUAGCUGAAGCCAGAAGCCUGGAGAAAGGGCAUUAAACACUGUUCAAAAGUGCAAAACAAUAAUCCAACAUGGACAAGUCUGCAGUGACAUUAUUUUAGAAAAAAAAAAAAACGAUCUGGCGGGAAUAUCUACAUAAUGAUAUGCUAUCACACAUAUUGAUAUUGUCAGCAAAUAUCAAUGCAGUGUUGCUAUGGCAACGGGACUGUCUACAGACGCCAAAAAGCCGACAGAACAAAGCAAAGAAAAGCACUUUCAUGUCUGAGAGACUCUUCCAAGUUGUGAAAAUAACCAAAAAAGGAUCAGCAGAAGCAGAGACAAAUUAAUAAGUCCUGGGGUCCUGGGCACGGCCACCCCCCACCCCCUCCCCAUACUGGCCUGCACUGUGCCUAUCAACGGUCACCAUAACAGCGCAACUGUAGUGUGCCAAGGUGACCACCACAACAGCAUAAAAAAACGUGCAAAAUGUUCACAAGCGAUUGACCACCACCUCAAUUGCAUACAUUCAGAAAACCAGAUUUUGAAUCCUGGGUACCAAUUAGCAUUGUGUUUAUUAAUGGGUAUUAAUUAGAUCAUAAACAGCUUAAAAACAAUGUGUUGAUGACAGAUAAAAAGGGCAGGAGUGAGCUGUUGUAUCUGUUGCAUAUCUGAUAAAGCUGACAGGUAUAAUGCUGAAUUAAGAGACAGUAUAGAUGAAUGUGGGCUCACUAUCUGGCAAGCAACAGGUCACUGUUGCCCUUUUUUUCAGGAUUUUUCCCCCAGAUUUCUCCCCAAUUUAGUCAUCUCCAAUUCCACCCACUAGUUAGGACUCUCUCAAUCACACGAUACCACCAGCACUAGAAGGGUGACGGCUAGCACAGGCUUCCUCAGAGACCUGUGAAGCACCACCGCAUCUUUUCAAACCACUGCUUUUGCAGCGCGCUCGGAGGAAAGCGCCAACCGCCAACUCACGUUCUCCUGAUGAUAGAGCCAACGCUUAGACGAUUGUGCCACUCGGGAGCCCCCAUGUUGCCCUUUUUAUUUAUGUUCUAUAACUGCUUAUUAAUGAUUUUAAGAUGUUUAUUACCUGUUUAAUAACCAACAAAUUUUAAACCAUUCAUAAACCCUUUAUAAGGGUGGUCUUUACGCAAAGUGGUACUUCUGAGACUAUUGUUCCAUCAGCACGUUAUAUCAACACUCUGUCUCUUGAUAGGUUAAAAUAAAUGCAACUUUUUAUAAAUAUAUCAUCACUGGCCAAAAAAAACAAAAAAAACUUUUUGCCGAUUUUUUAUUUUUCUAUGUAAUUUGAACACAGCAGUGGUCAAAUACCAAUAGACAAUUACUUGGGUAAAAAGCUUAUUAUAUUAGAAUGCUUUUGCCCUCUCCUGGAGAUACUUUGAUGAUUUUUUUGGACAGUGACGAUAUGCUGCUACGUGCCCAGUAGACCUAUUUGAUAAUCCGCCCCUGUGUAGACGUAACAUAAAGGUAACAUAAAGACCGAAGACCGAAGAAGGAGCAUCCUGAGGAGAUGAAUGUAAACAGCUAGAGGACGAAGGCCACUCACUGGACGACGCAGACAAACACUCUGUACUAUUCUUCCCCCCUAAAGACUUUGAAACGAACAAAAGCGAGAACAAACGAUUUCAAAAGCUCAAGUUUUGUUAGCGGAAAACGGGACUGUGUGCUUUUCUAAACGGUGUAUUAUAACUGUAACGUAUGCCGGGAUGCUGACGUGUGAAGGUCUAAAAACUGCAAGCUCUGGCUGUAAACUAUGCACUGUAUAUCCCUCACUAUAACUACGUUAGGCUUUGUAUGUGGAAGCGUUAGCAUGAUGCUAAAACGUUAGCAGAGGAGAGGUCACAGAUGUGCGUGUAAAUUUCUCUUCUACUCCUCCCGUAUCCCUGGGUCUCGUUAACAAUUCCAUAUCGGAUGCACCUGUAUGUAGAGAACCUUUUAGGACUGCGUUACUUCGGUCCUACUUUUCUUCGGCUGUGGUUAGUGCAUACAUGGUUGUAUCGCUACGUAGAGCUUUCAAUCAUUUAGUCAGUUUCUGUACAGUUAUCAGUUAUUAUUACCUUUGCUGUUUUUUUUUUGUUUGUUUUUUUUUUGGGUACCUACUACACCCUCCCCCACCCCCGUAGGUGCCCUGACAUACUUACCCUGAAACCAGGCUGCAAAAACACACCUGCACAUUUCUUUUUGACCAUAUUUAUUUAACUGUGUACUGAUUUAUUUAUUUAUUUAUU